AUGGAUUCAGUUGCUAAUUAUUUCAGAGAAACUGAAGACAAAUCUUUCGAAAACAAAAUUAAGUUUGGAAACCCGGUGUCGUUCUGCUCAUCUUAUUACAGCACGAAGAAAUUUGUGGAGACAUAUUAUGAACCAGUUUACCGGAUUGAAGGGUCGCAAACUUUCAAUGCUGUGAGAAAAUUUUUCAAUCGCCGAUUGGUAAAGCUAAAUCGGGUCGUAGACGAAAACAACGUUUCUCGUCUGCAUUGGAGGCUCCAAAGAAAAACAAAUGCAAUAAAUGUCAUGGUAUGGGUCAUAAUGUGA